GCAGUGCUAGGCUUGCAGUAGUACUCCCAGCGCCACCACUGUUUGCAAAUAUAUAUGUAAAAAAGGCACUAGCAGCAGUAGUACCUGAAGCUCCAAAAAAAAUGAUGCGCUGUUGUGCUGUGCUGUUGGCCUCCGCCUGGCCUAGUCCGCGUUUCCAUAUAUAGAAAACCCACAGCUCUAGCUAGAGUGACCACCACCAGACCAGACUAGACCGCACUUCCCCUCACCUCUCAUCAGCUCACCCUCACCAGCUCUCCCGUGUCGGCGUGCAACAGAACAGCCUCCUCCCAGCCUCGGUCAAGGAGUUUCAUUUCCUCCUCCCAGGCUCCCACAGAUAUCCGGACAUGGACGACGACUCCAGGUCUCAGGCGGCGGCGGCGGCUGACCUGUCGCUGUCCCUGGCGCCGACGCCAGCGCCUCCCGCGCCGCCUCCGCCGGGACCCGGGGGCGGAGGCGGCGUGGCGACGGCGUGCGUGGACGGCAAGGACGUGCGCCUGUUCCCCUGCCUCUUCUGCAACAAGAAGUUCCUCAAGUCGCAGGCGCUGGGGGGCCACCAGAACGCGCACAAGAAGGAGCGGAGCAUCGGCUGGAACCCCUACUUCUACAUGACCCCGCACCCGCAGCAGCCCAAUGCGGCGCCGCCGAGCCCCACAGCCCCGCCCGCCUACGCCGCCGCCGCCGACUACGGCGUCGCGGGCGCGGGCGCGUCCGCGGGGGUCUUGGGCGGCCUCCUCCCCGCGUCGUCGUACGCGGGACACGUGUACGCCCCCGCCGUGCCGGUGCCGGCGCCGUUCCCCAUCGCCUCGCACGGCUCCAGCGGCCUGCACUACAACUACUACGCGCCCCACGAGGCAGCGGCGGUGUCGGCGGGAACGGGGACAGGGACAGGGACAGGGACAGGCACGGGGGCGGGGACGGCCGAGGCCGGCGGCGUGGCCGUGCUGGCCCCCCGCGCGCGCUACGCCACGCACCAGCCGGCCGAGCAGCCCGGCGGCGCCGGCCGCGAUGACAUGCUCAACUGGAGGAGGGGCUCCCACGGCACCACCGCCUCGGCCGCCGUCACAGCCGCGUCCCCGGCCAGCACCACCACCACGCUCACCACCUCCUGCGCCGGCGCCGCCGACGGCGGAAGCAGCAACGACGACGACGACGACGCCGGGGAGCUCGACCUCAACCUCAGUCUCUAGCACUCCGAUACGUCGUCUACCUACGCCACGCCAAGGUUGUUAAUCAUGUGCCGGCCUAUCCGUACGAUACGCGUGUCGCUUAAUUAGCUCUCAGGUCUCAGUAGGCACGUUGAUCACUCUCUCCCUCUGUCUAUUCUCACCGUAUGGUAUGCCAUGUUAUUAGUACGUCUCGUCUCGUCGUCUCCCGUCC